AUGGAUACUGGUACUUCUCCUAACACUACUUCGACCAAGAUGGUCAGCAUAGUCACACAAGACUCAGCUUUCCUGAAACUUCCCCUUGAACUCCGCCACCAAAUCUACAAUUACUUCAUCCGCGUCCGACUCAAGAAAGGUGUCACAUCCAAUGCUCUCAAACCCUUGACAAACAUGACUGGCGUGAGUCAGCAGAUACGUCGCGAAGUUUACGACAUAGUUGCUGCUGUCAAGACAUUGCACGUCAGUGCUGGUGUAUUCAGCGAUCUCACGCUCAAGCUUUUAUCGACUGCUAUCAACAUCAGAUCGAUGAAUCAUCACGCGAGUGCCAGCUUCGAGUUGUUACCGCUGGAGGUCAAAAGUGCCUUCCAAGCAGCCCGGAAUAGAACGAUUCAGAAGUUAAAGGACGAGAUUGAGAACAAGAAAGUGCCAGCUCAAUUCAAGUUCUGGAAAAAAAAAGAAGUCUGUGUGUGCAGACCUGGCAUUGUUGAGGACGAUUCAUCCGACUUCAAGAAAGCUUUCAUCGACGCGAUGCUGAAGUUCACCAAGGGGGAGGGCUUCAACGGGGUCACUAUUCAGGAUGUAUCUCGCUUCUUGGAGCAGGUUACUAUGCCUGAUCCAAAGGGCUUCUGGAAGGCCGAAGAGAUGUUCGAAGAACUCAAAGAGGCCAGGGAUUAUGGGCAGGACGAGGACACGGGUGGUGUCUCGACUGAGUGA